GGGCGGAACAUUACCCCUGUUCACCACUAGAGGGCGGUAAAGGAAACACGUCACCAGGGCACCGGAAGCAGUAUCAGACAAGGUUUUUUAUAUUCAUCCGGGAACUUUUUCCUUCUUUCCUGUCGGCCAUUUGUCUGCACGUUUGUUUAGUGACUGCCUGACGCCAAGUCCUCAUCAUGCAGAACGACGCCGGAGAAUUCGUGGACAUGUAUGUCCCCCGCAAGUGCUCCGCCAGCAACAGAAUUAUUGGGGCCAAAGACCACGCCUCCAUCCAGCUCAACAUCGCUGAGGUGGACAAGGUGACUGGUCGCUUCAACGGUCAGUUCAAGACCUACGCCCUCUGUGGCCCCAUCCGCAGAAUGGGAGAAGCUGAUGACUCCCUCCUGAGGCUGGCCAAGACCGACAACAUCGUGGCAAAGUAAGUCUGGGAGCUCCUGCCGUGAGGACAUCACACAAGGACUAGUUGUGAACCUCUCGUGUUGGGGUUCAUGUAGUGAACCUCUCGUGUUGGGGUUCAUGUAGUGAACCUCUCGUGUUGGGGUUCAUGUAGUGAACCUCUCGUGUUGGGGUUCAUGUAGUGAACCUCUUGUGUUGGGGUUCAUGUAGUGAACCUCUUGUGUUGGGGUUCAUGUAGUGAACCUCUUUGUGUGUGUGUGCGUGUGUGUGUGUACCAUGGAUUUGAUCUGCACUGCGUCUGAUUGGCCGGUUCCUAACUUCCUGUCCUUGUCUCCCAACAGGAACUUCUGAGAUGAGCCAGUGGAUCCUUUGUAAAAUAAAGAUGUAAAAACAA